UAUUACCAUAUUAUAUAAGCCUGUCGAUUUGGAAUUGGAGACCCGUCGAUGCGUGUGGGUAAAUUGAGCCGGCAAGCAAGAUGAUACGGGCGGUGAUGGUGAUGAAUACCCAGGGCAAGCCUCGCCUUGCCAAAUUCUACGAUUCCCAGCCAAUCGACAAGCAGCAGGAGCUUAUCCGCAGCGUUUUUGGAGUCUUAUGCAGUAGAGCUGAGAACGUAAGCAAUUUUGUGGAGGCCGACUCUAUUUUCGGUCCGGAUAGUCGCAUUGUAUACAAGCACUAUGCAACACUAUACUUUGUUUUAGUAUUUGAUAGUUCUGAAAAUGAGCUUGCCAUGCUUGACUUGAUACAAGUUCUUGUGGAAACGUUGGACAAAUGCUUUAAAAAUGUAUGCGAGCUUGACUUGGUGUUCAACUAUAGCAAGAUUCAUACCAUUCUGGAUGAGAUAUUUUUUGGAGGCCAAGUGCUGGAAACAAGUUCUGCAGAAGUCAUGAAAGCUGUAGAAGAAAUAUCAAAGUUGGAAACUGCCUCCAAUUCUAUUACCCUUGUCCCCAAAUCUGUUUCUGGUUGGCGGGGUCGAUAGCUUGUGGUUUUCAGUUGAGCUGUUGAAAUGAUCACGAUAUUGAUCUGUUACAUUAUCACCGUAAGUUAUUCAGGGGAAGAUGUUCCAGCUAUGAGUUCAUAAAUAUCGAUACCCGGAGUGUACGAUACCAAGGAUUUCUUUUAAUCCAUAUAUAUAUAUAUAUUUUUUUGGGAUUUGGCAUCUAACAAAUUAUAAAACAUCA